AUGUCGUCUGCAAACCGCGGGGCAGGGCCUAGCAGGAACCGCAACAAGCGUUCCCGUGAUGACGAACUGUCAUCUUCUGCUGCGCUACCACCGUCGAGCCCCAUGGCUUCCUCGCCGCCGAUGCUGCCACAAGACGAAGAUGCAGACAUGCUUGACGAAGACGACAUCAUCCGGGACGUGGACGACUUAGACGAAGAAGCUGAGGAAGCUGAGGGUAUCGAUCUUUUCGCAGACGAUUUCGAGAACGACUACAGCAGACGCGAGAACGAUGCAUACGAGGGCGAGGGUAUCGAUGACGAAGGCGAAUACGAUGAACUCACACUCGAUCAAAGGCGAGAGCUCGAACGGCGUCUCAAUGCUCGCGAUCGGGAGGCCAGACGUCGCAUGCCUGCUGCUUUCCUGCCAGACGACGACGACCAGGAUGGUCUGGCUGAUCUGAUGGGCCAGGGCCGCCGCCGCGUACGGAGACAUCGAUAUGACGAAGAUCAGGAUGACAUGGACAUGGGCGACGAUAUCAUGAACGAGGAGUUGACCCUGGAGGCUCUUACAGACGUAAAGGCCAACAAUCUGACUGAUUGGGUCGCCCAGCCACAAGUCGCUCGUACCAUUGCCCGCGAAUUUAAGUCGUUCCUAACAGAAUAUACGGAUGAGAACGGAACAUCGGUCUACGGUACUCGCAUUCGAACACUCGGUGAAGUCAACGCCGAAUCCCUGGAAGUAUCCUUCGACCAUCUUGCCGAAUCGAAGGCGACACUGGCGUAUUGGCUUGCAAACACCCCGACUGAGAUGCUAAAGAUCUUCGACCAAGUCUCUAUGGAAGUUGUGCUCCUUCAUUACCCUGAUUACGAGCGAAUUCACAACGAGAUCCACGUUCGUAUCACAGAUGUACCGGUUCAGUACACCCUGCGCCAGCUUCGUCAGUCCCACCUGAAUAGUUUGGUCCGUGUCAGUGGAGUUGUCACUCGCCGCAGUGGAGUGUUCCCUCAGCUCAAGUACGUCAAAUUUGACUGUACAAAGUGCGGUACUACACUUGGUCCGUUUCAUCAGGAUUCAAAUGUCGAAGUCAAGAUCUCUUUCUGUCAGAACUGCCAAUCUCGCGGCCCUUUCACAGUCAACUCGGAACGAACAGUAUACCGCAACUAUCAGAAGCUUACUCUACAGGAGUCUCCAGGAACUGUGCCUGCUGGUCGUUUGCCCCGUCACCGUGAAGUUAUUCUUCUCUGGGACCUGAUUGACUCUGCGAAACCCGGCGAGGAGAUCGAGGUUACCGGUAUCUACCGCAACAACUACGAUGCUGCUCUCAAUAACAAGAACGGCUUCCCUGUCUUUGCCACCAUUUUGGAGGCCAACUACGUUGUCAAGUCUCAUGAUCAGCUGGCUGGUUUUCGACUCACUGACGAGGACGAGCGGGAAAUUCGGAGGCUGGCCAAGGACCCGAAGAUUGUGGACAAGGUCAUUGACUCGAUUGCGCCCAGCAUCUACGGUCACACCGACAUCAAGACCGCUGUUGCGCUUUCGCUGUUUGGUGGUGUCAGUAAAGAGGCAGCUGGUCGUCACUCGAUUCGUGGUGAUAUCAACGUUCUGCUACUUGGAGAUCCUGGUACAGCAAAGUCCCAAAUCUUGAAGUAUGUCGAGAAGACAGCUCAUCGUGCCGUCUUCGCGACAGGUCAAGGAGCAUCCGCUGUCGGUCUGACAGCUUCCGUUCGCCGCGACCCUAUGACAAGCGAAUGGACUUUAGAGGGUGGUGCGCUGGUGCUUGCUGACAAGGGAACAUGUCUUAUUGAUGAGUUUGACAAGAUGAACGACCAGGAUCGGACAUCUAUCCACGAAGCCAUGGAACAGCAGACUAUCUCCAUUUCCAAGGCAGGUAUCGUUACAACUCUCCAGGCCCGUUGCGCCAUUGUUGCAGCGGCCAAUCCCAUCGGCGGUCGCUACAACUCCACCAUCCCAUUUUCGCAGAACGUCGAGUUGACAGAGCCCAUUUUGUCGCGUUUCGACAUCUUGUGUGUCGUACGUGACACCGUCGAUCCGAAAGAGGAUGAGCGUCUUGCUAAAUUCGUUGUCAACUCCCACGGCCGAGCGCAUCCUCACGUCAAUUCUGCCUACGGCUAUUCCGAUAAAGCCAAGGCUACACAAAAUGGCGAGAACGGCGAAGGUAUGGAGGUCGAUGAGAUGGAAACUUCUCGCAAGGAGAGUGAGAUUCCACAGGAGCUGCUAAGGAAGUACAUCCUCUAUGCCCGCGAAAAGUGCAGGCCGAAGCUCUACCAGAUCGAUCAAGACAAGGUCGCUCGCCUAUUUGCUGACAUGCGUCGCGAGUCAAUGGCCACUGGAGCGUACCCCAUCACCGUCCGUCAUCUGGAAGCUAUCCUUCGUAUCGCAGAAGCGUUCUGUAAGAUGCGCUUGUCAGACUACUGCUCCUCUCAGGACAUUGACCGUGCCAUUGCUGUCACUGUCGACUCGUUUGUUGGCUCGCAAAAGGUCAGCGCAAAGAAGGCGUUGGCGAGAUCGUUUGCCAAGUACACUUUGAACAGGCCUGGUGCUGUUCGUGCGCCUGCAAGGGCUGGACGCAACGCUCAACGCGCAGCUGCAUAG